GUCCCGCUAGUCCACGGAGGAGAAUCCGCUCCAUGCGCCUCCCAUCUGAAUUACGCAUCUUGUGCUGCAAGUCUAACCGCCUGGUGUGGUCCAAGCAUCGCCUCAUCUUUUCUUCUAUUCGACAGUUCCUUUCUUUUAUCACUGGUACCGCAUCAUGGCUGCAGCAACCUCUACUGAGGGUUUGCCUCUAGACGACCGAUCGAACGAUCUCAAGAUUCCAAUCGUCACAUUGAUCGUUUUCAGCUCAAUCUUCGUCAGCUUACGCCUAUACGUUAGCUGGAAGAAUCGUAACUUCUUUCAACUCACAGAUCACCUCCUAUGGACCGGACAUCUACUAGCAAUCGUUGGCGCUGUUUUCGCCUACAAAACAGCCGAAGUCGGCGGAGGCCGACACGUCUGGGAUCCAAUCCAAACCCCAGCCAACUUGGAGGAGUACCUUCGAUGGCUCUGGUUUGGCCAGCUGUUCAACCUUUACGGCAUGGCCUUGAUCAAGCUCAGUAUUUGCGCCUAUAUUCUGAUGCUCGACUUCUCGAAGGGGUACCGCAUCGUCAUUUGGCUGUCUGUGGUUAUCCACGUCGGCAUCAACUUCGUCUUUCCUUCAAUCAUCUUGCUUGGAGAGUGCCAGCCUAUCUCCAAGCAUUGGGAUGUUGCAGGCACCCAGCCAGGUAGCUGUUGGGGUGAUAAACCAAGAGUCAUAUCUGGAUACUCCGGCGCAGCAACAAACAUGCUCACCGACCUGAUCUAUACUGUCGCUCCUCUAGUCUAUGUCUCGCGCGUCCAAUUACCCAAGCGCACACUCUGGGGCGUUCGCGCCGUUUUCCUCCUUGGUCUCAUUACAACAACGAUAUCCGCCCUCAAACUCUACGAGAUGAAGUCUCUCUACUCCUCAUCAGACGCAACAUACACAUCCGUUAACCUCUCGAUCUUCGCCGUAUCCGAAGUCUUCGUCGGCGCAUUCACCGCCUCCCUGCCUCCACUUCGCAAGACUUUCGAAACCGUGCUUCGCCGCGUUCUACCCGAGAGUGUGCUGGGCACAUCGCGCAACCGCAAGAGCCUUGGAAAAGGUACAGGCAACAGCUAUGUGAUGAAGGAAGUCGGAAACAGCUACGUGGUGAACGGCAAUGCUGUAGGAAGUCAAGAGAGACCGAAGCACGACCUCGAUAAUGACAGUGAGUACUCGAUACUUGAGGCGCAGCAGAGUCUGGAGGGGAAGGACACUAUUGGCACGAUCACAUGUACGACAGAGAUCAGUAUAGCAGGGGAUGGUAGAGGGAGUGUGAGGAGUCGAGGGCAUGAUUGGGUAUGAGUUGAACAUGUGAGUAGAGUUUGAAUCGUAAUGAUAAUGA